AUGAAUUUCAACCCAAUGAUGAGCAUGUACAACCCUUAUCAAUAUCCCGCUGCGCAAUUCUUCCGACCUCAUCUCAAUCCCGCAACUCAGCAGGCGACUUCACCGGCGCUCAAGGCUUUUAAUCAGACUCCAACGUACAUUUCUUCCAACGCUUCGCUAAACGAUACUGGCAGCUCAAGAUCGGACAAUUCUUCUGAUUCGCCUCCGCAUUCUCAUAUUCAUGAUCAAUCCGAAAUCGGCUCCCGAAAUGGCGAAAAAACAUGUCGAAUCUGCGGCGACCGAGCAACAGGACUCCACUACGGAAUCAUCUCCUGCGAAGGCUGUAAGGGAUUCUUCAAGCGCUCAAUUUGCAACCGCCGAGUUUACCGCUGCACCAGGGAUAAAAUGUGCAUGAUGUCCCGAAAGCAGCGCAAUCGAUGUCAGUACUGUCGGCUGAAAAGAUGUCUCGAAGCGGGAAUGAAUAGAAAGGCGAUUCGAGAAGAUGGCAUGCCGGGAGGAAGGAACAAGUCGAUCGGGCCGAUUCAAAUGAGCGCAGAGGAGAUUUCAGCGGUCAUGGACGGAACGGUCUUCAAUGAGAACCACAAAGAAUCGACGCCGAUUUCGAAUCAUUCUCCACCAAUCCAGCAGCUGCCAGCGCCACCAGCUCUUCGUAUUCCUGAAAAUCCACCUCCGACAGUUUUCCAGCCACAAUUCAUGAAUUUCACCUCAACGCCUCAAAUGCCCAAAAUCGUGCCGAAAAUCGACCCCGUUGGAGAAAUCCUCGACCUCGACCAUUUCCAACAAAUCGGAAUUCUCAAGAGUGUGGCUUCCCGCGAAUCGCUAAAUACAAGCGAACUGCUUCUGUUUCUCGCCAAAUCAGCAGAUGAGCUGCUCAAAAAGCAAAUCGACUGGGCCAAGUCUCUUCCCUUCGCUGGAGAAAUCACUCUUCAAGAUCAUAUUUCGCUUCUUAUGAACACUUGGGCGGAAACUAUGGUUCUCUAUACAUUCACGAUUCACCAUGAUGAUAUCUUUCAAACGCUCGGAGAAGUAGUUCAGAAAUCAGAGUCCCUUAGCGCUGCGGAAAUCCAAGAUGAAGAUUUGGACAUCGUCGAGGAUAUUCUGAGAGUUUACGCGCAAUUUGCAGGGCUUCGAAUUACAAAGAACGAAUUGUCAAUCAUCAAACUGAUCAAUUUUCUCAACCACGACAUUGCGGGACUGAAAGACCCUAAUCAAGUCGAAGCGCUCAACAAAAAGUACUGGUUCCUCUUCCAACACUGGCUCAAUGAAAGAAACCUCCCGACAAGAUUCCGAGAACUCGUCCGAGCAAUACCAAACACAAGAAUUCUAGCAUCGAAGUUGAAACAAAUUGAGGAUCUUGAACGACUCAGCACCAUCUUCACGCAAUCAAUAAUCCGAAUCCGAAACAGUGGCCUCGAAGAAGCUCCAGAAAUCGCUCAAGAGCAUAUUUAA